AUGACCGCCAGGGAUCAGCCUGCUCGGUCAAAAGACGGCUUUUUCGAUGUCGUUUCCGAUUUGGUCGUCGGUUUAAUUAAUAGUACCGGCGGUCCGAUUGUGAUCCUUUUGUUUAUUCUGGCUUUGUCGAUCAUUGUCUAUGCGGGUUGUUCUCUUUAUCGCAUGUGUCGAGAAGAGUUUCGGAAUGGUCAAGAGGGUGAGAGGAAAACGACGAAUUCCGAGAUGCGUCGUCCUCUUCCUCGUCGAGUCUACGAGAUUCAAGCUGAGGAGGGAGUUUUGGACGGGGUUUUCGUUGGCAGUGACGACUCGCUAGACUGUGCAUCAAAGUCGCCAAUUUGGAAGCCGGCUCUUCCCCUGGAAGCGAUCGAGGAAUUCGAGCGUUUCGAGCAAAACUUCGAUCCGUCAAAAGAAGCACUCAAGAAACGAUCGAUUUUUUUCUGUUUUCGUUUAAACGAGGAGGGAAUCGAUUAUGUA